AUGGCGGCGGCGGUCGGGCGGGACACUUUACCUGAGCACUGGUCGUACGGCGUGUGCCGGGACGGCCGCGUCUUCUUCAUCAACGACCAGCUCCGCCGCACGACCUGGCUGCACCCGCGCACCGGAGAGCCCGUCAACUCGGGCCACAUGAUCCGCUCAGACCUGCCCCGCGGCUGGGAGGAGGGCUUCACGGAGGAGGGCGCCAGCUUCUUCAUCGACCACAACCAGCAGGCCACAACAUUCAGGCAUCCUGUGACUGGGCAGUUUUCUCCAGAAAAUAGUGAAUUCAUUCUUCAAGAAGAGCCAAAUCUACAUAUGUCAAAGCAAGAGAGAAACCAAAGACCGUCCAGCAUGGUCAGCGAAACAUCCACAGCCGGGACCACGUCCACCCUGGAGGCCAAGCCCGGAUCCAAGAUCAUCAAGUCCAGUGGUAAAGUACACAGCUUUGGGAAGAGGGAGCAGGCCAUACGGAGGAACCUCAACAUCCCAGUGGUGGUGCGGGGCUGGCUGCACAAACAGGACAGUUCUGGGAUGAGGCUGUGGAAAAGAAGGUGGUUCGUGCUCGCUGAUUACUGCUUGUUUUACUAUAAAGACAGCCGAGAAGAAGCAGUCCUCGGGAGCAUCCCGCUGCCUAGCUACGUGACCUCGCCUGUGGGCCCUGAGGAUCGCAUAAGCCGCAAGAACUCCUUUAAGGCGGUGCACACUGGGAUGCGGGCGCUCAUCUACAGCGGCUCGGCGCUGGGUUCCCAGGCCGAGCGCUCGGGCAUGAGGACCUACUACUUCAGUGCCGACACCCAGGAGGACAUGAACGCCUGGGUCAGGGCCAUGAACCAGGCCGCACAGGUGCUGUCUCGAUCGUCACUGAAGAGGGAUGUGGAGAAGGCCGAGCGGCAGGCCGUGCCCCAGGCCAACCACAGCGAGGCCUGUCGUGAGUGCGGCCGCGUGGGGCCUGCCCACUGCAGGGACUCUCCUCGUGGCCGCUGUGAAGACUCCUUUGGCUUCAACACGCGUGAGCAGGAGGAGGAGCGCUGCCAUUCCCAAAGGGACCCACUGGAGGGCAAGCGGGACAGGAGCAAGGCCAGGUCCCCUUACUCAGCGGCUGAGGAGGGCGCCUUGUUUGUGGAUCUACCUGGUGGGCCAAGGGGCCAGCAGGCGCAGCCACAGCGGGCAGAGAAGAAUGGCGUGCUGCCCGCCUCCUAUGUCCCAGGGGAGCAGAACGGGACUGGCGGCUACCAGCGGACCUUUCCUCCAAGGGCAAACCCGGAAAAACACGCACAGAGGAAAACCAGCCUGGCCCAGGUGGAGCACUGGGCAAAGACCCAGAAGGGGGACAGCAGGAGCAUGCCCUCCGACCUGACGCUUCCUCGUCUGGGGCCUAGCCAGUCCCUGUCCUUCUCAGACAACUACCCGACUCUUCCCAAGAGCACACGACACCCCUCGGGGAGCUCCUCGCCCCCUCCCCGGAAUCUGCCCAGUGACUACAAGUAUGCUCAGGACAGGGCCAGCCACUUGAAAAUGUCCAGCGAGGAGCGCCGGGCGCAUCGUGAUGGCACCGUGUGGCAGCUGUACGAGUGGCAGCAGAGGCAGCAGUUCCGGCAUGGCAGCCCCACAGCGCCCAUUGGCACUGGCUCCCCGGAGUACACUGACCAGGGCCGGAGCCGGAGUCUGCUAGAGGUGCCUCGCUCCAUCUCUGUGCCACCGUCCCCCUCAGACGUCCCUCCCCUGGGACCCUCCAGGGCCUUUCCACCUCGGAGGCCACACACCCCAGCGGAGAGGGUUACAGUGAAGCCUCCAGACCAGAGGAGGAGCGUGGACAUCUCACUGGGGGGCUCUCCCAGUAAGGGACGGGGCCACACCAUCAAGAACUCCUCUCACGUGGACCGGCGCUCCAUGCCCUCCAUGGGCUACGUGACCCACACGGUCAGUGCUCCCAGCCUGCACGGAAAAUCGGCUGAUGACACCUACCUCCAGCUGAAGAAAGACCUGGAGUACCUGGAUCUAAAGAUGACAGGCCGGGAGCUGCUCAAGGAUCGAAGUCUGGAGCCUGUGAAGAUCGCCGAGAGCGACACUGACGUUAAACUGAGCAUCUUCUGCGAGCAGGACCGGAUCCUCCAGGACUUGGAAGACAAGAUUCGAGCUCUCAAAGAGAACAAAGACCAGCUGGAAUCCGUGCUGGAGGUACUGCACAGACAGACGGAGCAGUACCGAGACCAGCCGCAGCACCUGGAGAAGAUCACCACUCAGCAGAGGCUGCUGCAGGAGGACCUCGUCCACACUCGAGCCGAGCUCUCCAGGGAGGCCACGGAGAUGGAGAAUGCCUGGAACGAGUACCUGAAGUUGGAAAGGGACGUGGAGCAGCUGAAGCAGACCUUGCAGGAGCAGCAUAGGAAAGCGUUUUUCUUCCAGGAGAAAUCGCAGAUUCAGAAGGACCUGUGGAGGAUUGAAGAUGUCCUGGCAGGCCUGAGUGCAAAUAAAGAGAACUACAGAAUCCUGGUGGGAUCUGCCAAAAACCCGGAGAGAAAAACGGUGCCUUUGUUCCUUCACCCGUUCGUGCCUUCGCUCUCGCCGCCCCCUGAGAGCAAGCCGCCCCCGCAGCCCAGCCCUCCCAGCAGCCCUGCGCGGACCCCCCUGGAAGUCCGGCUCUUCCCCCAGCUGCAGACCUACGUGCCGUACCGACCUCACCCGCCCCAGCUGAGGAAAGUGACCUCCCCUCUUCAGUCACCCACCAAGGCCAAGCCUCAAGUGGAAGAUGAGGCACCUCCCAGGCCUCCACUCCCUGAGCUCUACAGCCCAGAGGACCAGCCACCGGCUGUUCCACCUUUGCCCCGGGAGACCACCAUCAUCCGGCACACGUCGGUGCGGGGCCUCAAGCGACAGUCAGACGAGAGGAAGCGGGACCGGGAGCUGGGACAGUGUGUGAACGGGGACUCCCGGGUGGAGCUCCGGUCCUAUGUCAGUGAGCCGGAGCUGGCCAGCCUCAGCGGGGAUGUGGCUCAGCCUUCCCGAGGGCUUGAGGGCCCUGAGAGCAGGUACCAGACGCUGCCAGGGAGAGGGCUCUCGGGGUCCACGUCCAGGCUCCAGCAGUCGUCCACCAUUGCUCCCUAUGUCACGCUCCGGAGGGGCCUGCAUGCCGAAAACAGCAACAGACCCAAGAGUGCCUUGGAGCGCCUGUACUCAGGGGACUCCCAGCGGGGCAAGAUGAGCGCCGAGGAGCAGCUUGAGCGCAUGAAGCGCCACCAGAAGGCCUUGGUCCGGGAGCGCAAGAGGACACUGAGCCAAGGAGAGAGGACGAGCCUGCCCUCAGCCCGCGGCCUCAGCCAGCUGCCCGGAGAUCUUGGCUCAUGGAAGCGAGAGCAGGACUUUGACCUGCAGCUGCUGGAACGGGCCGUGCCAGGGGACAGAAAGGAAGAGGAAAAUGGCUGGCUGAAGGUGCAGGCCACAGCUGUCACGGAGCUGGACUUGGAACCUCAAGACUAUGACUUGGACAUCAGCAGAGAGCUGGCCAAGCCAGAGAAGGUUGCCAUCCCCGAGCGGUAUGUGGACCUGGACCCCGAGGAGCCGCCCAGCCUUGAGGAACUGCAGGCGCGAUAUCGAAAAGCUGAGAAGAUCCGCAACAUCCUCACCCGGUCCAGCAUGUGCAACCUGCAGCCGGCCUCGGGCCAGGAGCGCAGCAGCCUGGCUGACCUGGACUCCCAGCUGCAGGAGCAGGAGCGCAUCAUCAACAUCUCCUAUGCCCUGGCCUCCGAGGCUUCUCAGCGCAGCAAGCAGGUGGCAGCGCAGCAGCUGGCCCUCCUCCCGCCUAAAGGCCCCCUGUCCUCCAGGACGGCGCCACCUUACCCCCCCUUAAGCAACGGACGGCACUACAUCUUUGUCUAGCACCUUCCAACCCAGGCAGUGACUGACCCAUGACCCAAAGAGUGGAUGACAAGCCUGGAGCCAGGGGCCCAGUGAAAACCAGCUUCCUCCUGGGACAGCGUCUUCUGCCCUCAUGGAGCCCUUUCCAGCCGAGCAGGGCUCUGUCUGGAGCAGAGGGCCAAGAGCUCACUCACCAUGCGGCAUUGAGCGCAGACUCUAUCUUAACACACACCCACUGGUUCCAGUUGACACUCCUUUUUACAGACAACACAGGCACUUUUGAUACCUGAUGUAAACUGUACUGUAUUUUAGAACCAGAAUUUAUUUUAUAAUGCUCACCUCAAAGGCUGAGUGGCUGGAAAGGUGAACCUCUACAUAGGAUUUUAUAGCCUCAUAAACAGAUUCAGGUACCACUGAGAUGGCAGAAGGGCGUGGGUUUAGGCAACUGCUGGGCCCACUGCCGAUGAACUCAGGCAAAGGUGGAUUGGAGGAUGUGCUUCCCAUGACCCCUGCACAAGGCUUAUUGGCGCGCUGUCCAGGGAGAGAGGGGCCCGGACUGCAGCGCUCCGCUUCCCUGACCUGACGGCGGCUCUGGGCGAAACUCCACUUGGGUGGCCCAUGGGGCCUGUCCGCACUUGGCCCUUGGUUCUGGUCUCAUGGAAGUGUUUGCAAAAGCCUUGGGUUCUGCCACCUGCCCAGGAGGUUCCCUCAUCAGAGGACUCUUCUUUGAAAAAAAGUUAAAAGUUGUUUGCUUUGGUUUAAGCAAAUACGCUGAAGUGCAGAGAAUGGAGAGGAAGCAAUGUCAUGGCAACAUAGCAAUAAACUCCACCCUGGACAGCAUCUGCCUCGGGCCCCUGGCAUAUGCCACCUCUCUAGCCUGGCAGUGAUGGGAACCUUUGCUGUUGGCCCUGGAGAAGCCUGAGCCAGCUUCCCUAAGACAUGGACCAGGGAGGAGGGAGGCAGUGUGCCUGACUCCAGCAGGCCAUGCUGGCAGGAUCUGGAAUUGAUUCCAGCCCCACAUGGGGUGAAGGCUACCAAGUCAGAUACAGUGUUUAUGGUCCUUUAUUUAAGUUGUCUCAUGACAUUCUGCAUACAGGAAACAAUGUUUAAAAGGAAAAAAACAACCCUCUAUUGUGUGGAGCCACACUUUAAAUGAUGAUGAUUUGUCUUUGACUUUGCUCAAAAAAAAAAUCUUGAAUAUGUUUAGAAGUUGCUGUCUAUUUUUAACUAACUCCAUAUGCUGCCAGUAUCAACUCCUUGACAUUUGC